AGAGACAUAAAGGUAAGGUGGGAACAUGCACAGAGACAUAAAGGUAAGGUGGGAACAUGCACAGAGACAUAAAGGUAAGGUGGGAACAUGCACAGAGACAUAAAGGUAAGGUGGGAACAUGCACAGAGACAUAAUGGUAAGGUGGGAACAUGCACAGAGACAUAAAGGUAAGGUGGGAACAUGCACAGAGACAUAAAGGUAAGGUGGGAACAUGCACAGAGACAUAAAGGUAAGGUGGGAACAUGCACAGAGACAUAAAGGUAAGGUGGGAACAUGGCAGAUUGUAGCAGGAAUACAUGGCUUCCAUUGCAUAGAAUAGAGUGCACAAAGACAAAGGUAAGGUAGGACUGGGACAAUAACCGUUUCAAGCAGGAAUACAUUGUGUAAAUUAGAAUAGAGUUUAUUGUCCUCUUUAAGGAAAUAAUUGUACACAAGCUUGUACGCACACACAAAUAGACCAACAACACCUUUACCCAGACAUGUACAAUUACAUUGACAGUAGUUUUAGUGUGCUCCUCUGGAAUUUCUUGGCAUAGAUGUGCAAUAACCAUUAUAAAAACAUUUCUGACACUAAUGGUCACCAUUCUAAUCCCCAACAAGACAUCUUUCAAAGUCACUCCAGGCUUUUCCGUUUUGGUCUUUUCCCUGUGAAGUUUCCUUUUGAUAGAUGGCCUUGUUAAGAGACUGCUGCAGAAAUGAAAUUGCACUGAAAAUGUGCAGAUACAAGUUAGUUAGACGUUUGAUAUGUUGUUGAGGGGAAAAAAUACGUAAAAACGUACUAAACGCUUCCAUAGGCCUAUGCAACUGCAGAUCCAUUGUGACGUUCUGAUCUUCUUUUAUGUGUACAAAGGGAGCAAACAUACUGUUGACAGACAACGGGUACGUCAAACUAGCUGACUUUGGCGUCUCGGCCCAAAUCACGAUGACCAUUGCCAAGAGAAAAUCCUUCAUCGGCACACCUUACUGGAUGGCACCCGAGGUGGCAGCUGUGGAGAGGAAGGGCGGGUACAACCACCUGUGCGACAUCUGGGCAGUGGGCAUCACCGCCAUCGAGCUGGCAGAGCUGCAGCCACCCAUGUUCGACCUUCACCCAAUGAGAGCCCUGUUUUUAAUGACCAAAAGUAACUUCCAGCCGCCCAAGUUGAAAGACAAGGUGAAGUGGACCAGUAAUUUUCAUCAUUUUGUAAAGAUAUCGUUGACGAAAAAUCCAAAGAAAAGGCCCUCUUCAGACAAGCUGCUGCAGCAUCCCUUUGUCUCGCAACCCCUGAGUCGAACACUGGCCAUCGAGCUCUUGGACAAGGCCAGCAACCCGGACCACUCCUCCUUCGACGACCACUUAGAUGACGAGCCCGAGGAGCCUGAGGAGCCCCCUGUACCGGUGCCGCAUCGGAUUCGCUCCGGGAACACACGAGAAGGGAAGACCCUCUCUGAGAUCAACUUUGAUCAAGUCAAGUUUGAUCCCCCGCUUAGGAAGGAGACUGAACCUCAUCAUGAACCAGCACCCGACUCUGACGAUUUUUUGGACUGUGUGGAAGAACAAUACUACACUGCAAGAUCUAACAUGGACUUGCAGAUGGAUUACGAAGAGGGAUCUCCCAAAAGCUCCUUCUUGGGAGGGCAUAAGAGUCUUCUGAAAUCGGUGGAGGAGGAGCUAAUCCAGAGGGGACACGAGACUCAUUUAGAUGAUGAUGAUGGUGGUGACCAUGAUGAUGAAAUGCAACAUGCCAAGGGCUCCACAUUACGGCCCAAAGAGCCUCCACCACCGCCUCCCAACGUCAAGCCCAUCCCCAUUCCACAGGAUAGUGCCAACUCCCACGCUCACCGUGGCUCCCACGCUCACCAUGGCUCCCCUGCUCACCAUGGAUCCCCCGGUCUCUACGGCUCCCCCGGUGAUCAUGACGACCACGGGGGGACCAUAAAGCGGUGUCCAGCCGCAGAGAGCCCCGCCCGCUCUGCCACCCAUGUUCCGCCCAGGCCGCCGCCCCCCAGACACACCCCACACAGGCAGCUUAGCUUAGGCAAUGGGUUCAGCUCAUCAGAAGUGAGCGGGGAUGCUGGUGGUGCCGAGAAGCAGUCUACUAUGCCACCUAGCGUCACCACGAGGAAGGACAGGAAAGAGAUUCCGAAACCAAUCAGUAAUGGCCUUCCCCCUACACCAAAAGUCCACAUGGGAGCCUGUUUCUCCAAAGUCUUCAAUGGCUGCCCUCUAAAGAUCCACUGUGCGGCGUCUUGGAUCAACCCCGACACGAGAGACCAAUACCUGCUAUUCGGCGCCGAAGAGGGCAUUUACACUCUAAAUCUCAACGAACUGCAUGACUCCUCCAUGGAACAGCUCUUUCCCCGGAGGUGUACGUGGCUUUAUGUCAUGAGUAAUAGUCUGCUCUCCAUAUCUGGAAAAGCUUCGCAGCUGUACUGUCACAAUCUGGCGGGUCUGUACGAGCAUGCUCGACAGAUGCAGAAGCUGCCAAUGGCCAUCCCCACCCACCGGCUCCCAGACAAAAUCAUUCCAAGGAAAUUUUCCAUCUCCAAUAAGAUUCCUGACACCAAGGGAUGUCAGAAGUGCUGUGUGGUGAGAAACCCUUACACGGGCCACAAAUACUUGUGUGGGGCCUUCCAGUCCAGUGUGGUCAUGUUGGAAUGGGUGGAGCCCAUGCAGAAGUUCAUGCUUAUCAAGAACAUUGACUUUCCUCUGCCCUGCCCGAUGGAGGUGUUUGAGAUGCUUGUGGUGCCUGAGCACCAGUACCCCCUCAUCUGUAUGGGCGUCAGCAAAGGCACGGAGCUCAACCAGGUAGUACGCUUUGAGACGCUGGACCCCAACACCGCUUGCCCCUGGCUCAAAGAGUCCGACACUCCACAGACCUGUGUUAUCCAUGUGACUCAACUGGAAAGAGACACCAUUCUUGUCUGCCUGGAUCGAUCCAUUAAGAUUGUGAAUCUGCAGGGGAGGCUGAAGUCCAGUAGAAAGCUUUCAGCUGAACUGACGUUUAAUUUCCAGAUUGAGUCGAUAGUCUGCCUUCAAGACAGUGUUCUGGCUUUCUGGAGACAUGGCAUGCAAGGACGGAGUUUCAAAUCUAAUGAGAUUACACAGGAGAUUUCCGACAACACCAGGAUAUUCCGACUCCUAGGAUCAGACAGGGUUGUGGUGCUGGAGAGCAGACCCACAGACAACCCUACAGCACACAGCAACCUAUACAUUCUGGCUGGACACGAGAACAGUUACUAACCACCCUGCGCUCUGGGAACCAGGGUCCUGUUCAGUAGGCAUAAAACUUUCUGAAACACAGUGAUACAGGGAUGUACAAUCUGAACCUGUCCAAUAAGAAACCUUAGUUUUAUUGUCGGUUGCAAAACAUUUUUCCAUUGUAUGCCUUAAUGAACAUGGCCCAGGAUUGGUAUCAGUUACAUUUUAAGAGGUUAUAAAUCUGAAUGAAAUUCAUUCAUUGAAAAUUGCAAUUAGGUUUAUUUUUCUAUUCAUAAAUUGGAAUUCAUGUCCUGAAAUUAAACUAUGGAACUGACCCCAUCCCUGAUGGGAACAGAAUAUGAUGAGGAGGACAUGUCUGACUCUGCAUCUGAGACCAAGGAGUUGCAAUCGGACCAUUCGUCGAGCAAGCGACCUUGGAUGUGUCCGGUUUUUAAUUGAACCUUAUGAUUUUAAUUUAAAGUCGACAUUUAUAGUAACACAAACCCACAUUCCUGGAUGUCACACUAUUUCAGUAUUGACCAACUUCUGAGCGCAUCCAUCCUUACCUAACAAGUGCUUGACCAAUGUGUUUGUAAUUAAUGUAAAUAGAAUAUUGAGGUUGUACACUAUAAAUAUGUCAUGUAGAUAACCAUGCUGCAUAUAUUUUGUACAGUUGCCCCCCAACUUGAGAGAUAUAAAGAGUUGUUGCCUAAUCAAUGUGGGGUACUGCUUUUAAGGGCUUGUCAACUAAUGUAAUUUUACAAAACUUAGUGGUAGGAUGUCAAAGAGCAAAGUGUCUGUUCAUUUUGAUCAUGCGUUGCCUUUUUUUAAUAUGUUAGACUCAUUUUGAUAUGAAGCCAUAUGCAAUGUCAUUUUAUUUUCACACACUUUAAUUCCAACCCCAUAGAAAGUUGUCAAUGCUCAGAUAUGCACUGGUUGUGAAAUUUUGCACAUAGUUGUACGCAAUAAAACACUUUAUUCUUACAUUUAAUGUAUGGUUAAGUUGUGCUUAUAACAAAGUAUCUGCAUGAGUGCAUUAGAAUACAUCAUACUACACACUUUAGAUGUAAUCUCAGACAAAUUUAACCAGGCAAUAUACAUUUUUUUUUUUACAUAUACGCCAAGCUAUUGUUAAAACUGCAGUCAAACUGAAGAGACUCUGGGCAGUCGUACCAUCUUAGAAUCCUUUUCCUUAUGGUGGCCAAUGAGUUGAAUGUUGAAUGUUUGCUAAAUUGCAUUGUUCAUAUUGUUUGUUCUGGUGUUUGGGCGUCAUAGUAAGACCUCUACCUCAUGCAUUGGGGAGUCAAUGGGAAUAUGUGGGGCCAAAUUGAACAUGUAACACUAAAUGUCCCUUGCUGACCCUUGCUGGAUCUUCUGACUUGGUUUCUUUCCAUACAGCUUUUGUGUCAUGUAAAUACAGUAAAAUAAAAUUGCUUAAUUGUGCCUGUACAACUGCUAAUAUUUGAACAUGUUACAUAUUAAACAUUUUAACUCAU